CCCCCCAGGCGCGGGUGAAGAUCCUGGCGGCGCUGGUGACGCAGUUCGAGGUGCCCCUCAAGGGCGAGGUGCUCUCCUUCAUCCUGGACGACGUGCGGGGCCGGCUGGACCUGGCGUUCGCCUGGCUCUUCCAGGAGUACAACGCGCACCUGGCGCGCGGCGGCGCCGGCGGCCUGGAGCGCUACGACGAGUGCCUGAUCGGGCUGCUGGCCGGGCUGCAGGAGAAACCCGACCAGAAGGACGGGAUCUUCACCAAGGUCGUGCUGGAGGCGCCGCUGAUCACCGAGAGCGCGCUGGAGGUGAUCCGGAAAUACUGCGAGGACGAGAGCCGCACGUACCUGGGCAUGGCCACGCUGCGCGAGCUGAUCUUCCGGCGCCCCUCGCGGCAGUUCCAGUACCUGCACGUGCUGCUGGACCUGAGCUCCCACGAGAAGGACAAGGUGCGCCAGCAGGCGCUGCUGUUCAUCAAGCGCAUGUACGAGAAGGAGCAGCUCCGCGAGUACGUGGAGAAAUUCGCCCUCAAUUACCUGCAGCUGCUGGUGCACCCCAACCCCCCCUCGGUGCUCUUCGGGGCCGACAAGGACACGGAGGUGGCGGCCCCCUGGACGGAGGAGACCAUCAAGCAGUGCCUGUACCUGUACCUGGCCCUGCUGCCCCACAACCACAAGCUGAUCCACGAGCUCGCCUCCGUCUACACCGAGGCCAUCGCCGACAUCAAGCGCACGGUGCUGCGCGUCAUCGAGCAGCCGAUCCGCGGGAUGGGCAUGAACUCCCCACUGCUGAUCGCCCUGCACAACAUCGACUCCUCCAAGUGCGACAUGAAAUCCAUCAUCAAAGGACACGUGUCCACGGGCUGCUCCAAGUGUGACAUGAAAUCCGUCAUCAAAGGUGGGGACACCGGGGGCACACCGACUGGUGGCAGUGACCCCGGGGACAGUGACAGUGACCCCAAGGUUGGUGGCAGUGACUCCAGGAUUGGUGACAGUGACUCCAGGACUGGUGACAGUGACCUCAGGAUUGGUGACAGUGACUCCAGCAUUGGUGGCAGUCACCUCAGUGACAGUGACCCCAAAAACCGCCCAGGGGACCCCUGCUAG